CUGGCAAACGAUCGGCCAACCACCAAGGAGUUGGGGAGAUUGCUUACCAGCCAGGUUGCUGUCCCACGACCCAUCGGAUACAUCUCGUACGAUUUGCUUCUAUUGCUGAAGAUGGCAUGAAGGUUUAGAAGCUAUGGCUUUGACAUCGUGGAAGGCUUUCCGCUUCUUCGACGUCAGUCAGGUGAACUUAGCGGAAGAGGAAAGCAAGCUGCUAUCAGAGCCUGGAAAUGCAACAUGUGUAGCAACUGGAUCCGACAACGUAUUCAUCGGCGGUGCUGACGGCACCGUUCGCAUUCUUUCGCAGAGCUUCAAAGUUGUGCGGUCCUUCAAAGCUCACGAUGUGGGCUCCAUCACUCAUAUGAAGCAAGUCCAGGGGACAGCGCUUCUGGUUACAGUCGCCGAGGAUCUACCGAACGAACCCGUGCUGAAGGUGUGGGCUCUUGACAAGGUCGAGAAGAAAACUGGCAUGCCACGAUGCCAGAGCACGCUGUCCAUCGCCAACGGACGAAAGCCAUUUCCUAUAUCCGCCUUUGCUGCCCUUGAAGAUCUGUCCCAGCUCGCUAUAGGCUUUGGCAAUGGCUCAGUGACCGUCGUGAGAGGUGAUUUGAUCCAUGACCGCGGUGCUCGACAGCGGACGGUCUUCGAGUCGGACGAACCAAUCACAGGUAUCGGAUUUCGUGAAGGCAACAUAACCACUUUGUACAUUGCCACUACGGGUCGUAUAUCUACCCUCGUAAUCUCUGGACGCGGCCAAGGCCAGCCAGCCAGGACUUUGGAGGAGACCGGCUGCGGCGUUGGUUGCAUGACCGUCGACAAGGCGACUCGUGAUGUUGUGGUUGCCCGAGAUGAUGGUAUAUAUUACUACGGACUCUACGGUCGUGGUCCCGCGUACGCAUACGACAGUCCUAAACGUUCCCUUUCUAUCUAUAAAGAUUACAUUGCCAUAGUUUCGCCCGCAUCAGCCAGCAGUGCAACCAAGAAUCCUUCCUUGCGCGCCUUUGGGGGCAGUCAAGCAGACAGUCCAUUUAACACCUCCAGCUUCACCAUACUACACACUGACCUUAAAUUCAUCGCACACCAAGAAGUCAUGACUGCCGAACCAAAGUACGUCUUCAUGGAGUGGGGGGAUCUAUUCGUCCUAACACUAGAUGGCAAGAUCUUUCGAUACCAUGAAAAGACAUUUCAGCAAAAGCUUGAGCUUCUGUAUCAACGCAAUCUUUACGUCCUGGCGAUCAAUCUGGCACAGAGGCUAGGUGUUGAUCCUUCUCAGCAAAACGUCAUUUAUCGCAAAUACGGUGACUAUUUGUAUCAGAAACAAGACUACGACACUGCCAUGCAGCAGUAUUUAAAGGCUAUCGACAAUACAGAGCCAUCUCAAGUCAUCCGAAAAUUUCUUGACACGCAGCGAAUACACAAUCUUAUCGAUUAUCUGGAAGAGCUACAUGAGCACGAGAGGGCGUCUCCAGAUCACACUACGUUGCUGCUGAACUGCUACGCAAAACUGAAAGAUGUCAAAAAACUUGAAGAAUUCAUCCGCUCACCGGGCGAUCUAAAGUUCGACCUUGACACCGCCAUUUCCAUGUGUCGACAGGGUGGUUAUUUCGACCAAGCUGCAUUCUUGGCCCGAAAACACGAGCAGCAUGAGCUAGUAGUUGACAUUCUUGUCGAGGAUUCGAAGAAGUACGAGGAAGCUCUGGCAUAUAUCUGGAGACUUGAACCACCAUCAGCCUUUGAGAAUCUCAAAAAGUACGCUACUGUGCUUCUUGAGCAUUGCCCGAAGGAUACGACUCAGCUUUUCAUUGAUUACUACACCGGUGUCUUCCGCCCGAAAAAGGAUGCAAUCGUUGUUGUGCAGGCUCCUGUCAAUCAACCUGGCGCUAUGGCGAGGACGGCCACCGCAGUGCAAAGCCUAGCCUCGAUGAUACCUUUACCAUACAUGAGCAUGGGAAAUUCUGGUCCAGUCGACGGGGUUAACGGUGUUCCAAAAGAUACCAUCACUCAAGUCGUGGAAACGACAUCAGAUGAGCCCCCUCCACAAUAUGAAAUUCCAAAGCCACGAACCGCUUUCUCUGCAUUCGUUGAUCAUGCUGCGGAAUUUAUCGCGUUCCUGGAAGCCUGCGUCGAUGCCGAGAAACUUCAUGAGACAGAUAAAACAGACUUGUACUCAACAUUAUUUGAGAUGUAUCUGCACAGCGCAAGUGAGAAGAAGGGGGAAGAGCGCCAGGCUUGGGAAGACAAAGCAAAAGCUCUCAUUGAGACAAAGAAGGUGUCACUGGAAACUUCCGGCGUACUACUAUUAUCUCACCUAAAGAACUUCAAAGACGGCACAAUUCUCGUGCGCGAGAAGCAAGGUCUCCAUUUUGACAUUUUCCGCUCCUAUACCUCCGCGAAAGAUACUGCUGGCGCCAUCAAAGCUCUUCACAAGUAUGGUCCAGAAGAACCUCAAUUGUAUCCAGCAGCACUCGCAUACUUCACUUCCAGUCCUCAGAUUCUAGAGGAAGCUGGCGACGAGCUCAACAACGUGCUGAGACGUAUCGACGAAGAUGGUCUCAUGGCGCCACUUCAGGUUAUACAAACUGUAAGCUCAAAUGGUGUCGCAACAAUGGGGCUGGUCAAGACGUAUCUUGGCAACACAAUAAAACGCGAAAGACAGGAGAUUGCACAGAAUCGCCGACUUAUUGACAAUUACCGUAGUGACACGCAGAAGCAGAAGGACGAGAUCGAGCGUCUUGCAACGAAACCGGAGACAUUCAAUGCAACACGUUGCUCCGCCUGUACGGGACAAUUGGACCUACCUAUUGUGCACUUUUUAUGCAAACACAGCUUCCAUCAACGAUGUCUGAAUACUCCCAUUGUUGGCAGCGAGGAUGACGUAGAGUGCCCAUUAUGCGUUGGCAAUAAUGAGAUGGUCAAGAGCAUACGGAGAGCACAGGUGGAGAGUGCGGAUAAACAUGACAUGUUCCUUGACGCGCUGAAUCGUAGCAAGGAUAAGUUCGGGACGAUUAGUGAGUGGUUUGGUAGAGGAGUUAUGAGCGCUGGGCAAAAUUAAUAGAAAUCUUCCCCCUGAUUGAUAUGCAUAAAUCGAAAUCGAUAUCACGCCAUAGGCUCUUCAUUCUAA